UUAUAAAAGAAAGUAGGUGUCAAAAUUAUCAGUACAAAAAAAAAAUAAACAAUUUGAAGCACAAAACAUUAAUAAAUCGAGAAGCUAACGAUAACAUAAUGGAGACCAAAAUAAUGAAAGAUUUUCGUGAACUGGAAAGAUCGGUGCGCUGGUUUCGUGGCAUGUCGGCCAAACAGAUCGGUGCAUGCAACAAUUUGUUGCACGCCUUGCGCGACGAUAUUGAACAGAAUUCGACAUAUCGUGUGCGCGAUUGCCUGAAUCUAUUGGGACUGCAUCCGAUGAUUAAUGCCAAUCAGUCGCGGAUACUGAUGGGCAUUAGCCAGGGCAACGAUUUGGCCUUUCUCUGGUUUCUGUGGGAGUCGCACUACAAGUCGACGCACAGCUGCCAAGAGGAACUCAAUGAGUACACGGCCAACGAGCAGCUAAUACUCACGGCUAUCGCGCAUCUGGACAUGACAUCGACUCUGCGCGGCCUGGACAAGAUAUUGCCCACUGCGGAGCAUUCCAAGAAAUACCAGGAUCAGCAGCUUCUGCGACAACGGCAAAAGCUCGCCAGGCAGCAGCGCCGACAAAUGCAGCAGAAUAAUCACAUGCGGCCCAAUGAGGCCGCAGCCAAUGACUCGCCGUAUUUGGUGCCACAGCUGCGACCCAAGCAAUUCCAGCCGCGAUCAUUCAAGCCCAAGGAGCGUUUGGUGAGCUUUCGGAAUUAUGAAAAAUUCAAGGAUACCAUGUACAACAUACCCAACGAGUGUUCGCGCUGGUUUGCCAACUACGAGCUGUCGCCGAUCAAGCGCGAGGUGAAGCGUUGCCUGUCGAAUGCCCUGGGUCAGCUGUUCGCCGGCAGCAAACGCCGGCAAUUGGAUAGGACGCUGUGCCAGGUGCAUCGCAUGUUGGAGCAUACGACGGCACGCAAGCAACAGGAAUUGACCGUGGAGGCGGUCAGGCGUUGCAUGCAACUGCUGGACGUGCCGGGCACACAGAGAUGCCAGCGCGGCGAUCACAUUGUCCGCCAGCUGGAGCGGGAGGUGCUGCGUGCCGCCGAGCUGCUGCGACAGCAUAGAUUGCGCCAGCUGACCGCGCUGCAAAAGAUUGCCGGCGGCAUUCAGAACCACAAAUGCAGGGGAGGAUGUGAGGCAUGCGAGCAGUUGGUGUCGGCUCCACCGUUGCCCCGCAUGGGCACUGGUUGUCCGGGUGAUCUCGGAUUGAUACUGCCAGCGGAUGGCGAUAGGCCGGAGCAUCUGUUGUUGCACGGCGACGACAUAGAUCCGGGCGUACAUGUCAUGGAAUGGGGGUUCGAGAAGAUGCACAGGACCAUCCGCCUGGCGGACAUUCGUAAGAAUCAUCCCGGCGAGACUUGUGCCGGGCCCAAGGCGCCCCAGGUUCCCAAGGCUCAGCCUAAGGCUGAGCAAGGGAUUAAUGUCCUCAUUGAAGGUGGUGAACCCAACCCAAAUGAAAGCUCAGAGGAAAUGUUCUGGACCAGGCGUUGCAUGCCACACGGCAUGCCGGAAUGGAAUUUCUUCAAGGUCUUCGAGCCGCCGCUGCAGUCGGAUACACUUGGACCCCUGUCAGAUGCCCAGCCGCUGAUCCGUAGCUAUUGCAUUGCGGCGCUCCAGAAGGCCAUAGAGGCCAGCGCGGAGGCGGAGGCGCAAAAAGUCUAUGGCAAAAAGCACGUGGAGUGUAUCAAGCUGAGGGAAUGGAACACAUCCCGCACAGCGCUGGAUGCCGCCAACAAAGUGGCCGCACAAAUGUUUCGCGAGGCCCAGGAAAAGCUAACGCAAUGCGUUGAUCAGGAGAAUUCUGAUAAAACGCAACGUUUGGCAAUGACCAACAUCGAUCCGGAGGAUUCACAGGCGCUGAUCGCGCUGCUUAAACAAGCCGUGGACAUAUUGAAAAAUGAUGCCCAUUAUGUUCUGGUCACCCUGCCCAAUGCGUACAAGUUGCCCGUGCUGCUGGACUGGGUGGCGGAGCGUUAUGGCAAAACCUAUAGCUAUAAGCAAAUGUGUGAAAUGGCCCACACAAGCCAUCUCAUCCACGAGCGUCUCUAUAAGGAGGCUAUCAGGCGGGCACUUCCAUUGCCGAAAUAUCAUCAAUUUAUUGGCAAAAAGCUGUUGAACGAAGAUCUUAACCAUUAUCGCAGCUAUAUGUGUGGAUUUAAGAAAAUGAAUCAGGAAUAUCAUCACAGACUGAAUACCAUGGCACUCGAGGAUUCGCGUCUGAUUUGGUUCGCACUGCGCGGCUAUACCCAGCUGCCCGGCUCGAAUCCGAGCACCUUUUUUGCCUAUAUGCCCGCCAAACAGCAGGAUUUGCUGCGGCACAAUCUGUGGAAAUCGUCCGACUUUCGUCGAGUUGACACACUUCGUCGAUUUGCUAAAGAGAUGCACAAAUAGCAGGCACUGUCUGUUGCAGUGGCGAAUAUAUUGAAUGCGAUUGUAAAUCAACUUUCCUUUCAAUAUGCUCGCCACUGCAACAACGCGCCAGCUAGAGUACUUAGAUGCAACCUAUAAAUUCUUUUCAAUAUAAAUGACUCCUGUGUUUCUACAAUUAAAUGCAUGUACAUGACUGUAAAAA